AUGGACGCUUAUGGGAAGCAGUCGCCGAGCAACAAGUCCAUCCAGCACUUCUCCGACCAGUCGUACUCGGAGUCAUCCACUUCAACUUCUGAUGCUGGCAGCAUCUUGGGACUGCUCGAGGAUGCUUUUCUUCGCUACCACGAGGCCCGCGAAGCAAAAGCCAAGGCAGAGCGAGCGAUCGGCGUCGGGGACACGGAACAUCCUGAGGAGCCAGCUGCCUUGGAGGAGGCCCUACCGAACUUGCUCCGCCCGUUGCGGGCGCCAGUCCACAACGGCCUCUGUGGCGCUUGCAGCCAGGCGCAGAGCGUGGGCCACAGCAACACGGAGCUGAAUCACCUCCCCGAGCACAAGAGUGAGGUCGGCGUGCUGAAAAAAGCGUACACCAACAAGACUCGAAAGGAAAUGGAAAAGCUACGCCGUGCAGCCCGCGCACAGGAGAUGGCAAGGCGCCGCGCGGCCCGCGCCGCCCAAAAAUCCCGCAAGCCCUGA